GCCGUAGUAGAAACUCGCGCCACGCCAGUUCAUCCAGAGCCCUCACAACAAGUACCCGCGCCUUGCGCUCGCCGAGUGUAAACAAACAGUGUUGUCAGACUUUAAAUCUUCAAAAUGGCCAUCAGCAGACUGUCCAUCCUUAAGUUCUUGGAGCUGGCGCUGACGUGCUCCUGCGUGGGAAUACACGCCGUGAGCUUCAACGGCGACGUGGAAACUGGCAUGCUGGUGACCGGCACCUUCGUCGGGUACCUCAUCGUCAUCGCCGGCGCAGCCGCUGGUUACCUCCUUCAGACCCCGUCCCACAAGCGCGUAGACGUUUUCUACACGCUGAUUGGAGUAGGCCUCUUCAUUGCCAGCGGCGCGAUCCUCAUUGACAGGUUCCACAAUGCCUCCAGGACUGAAUUCGUCAACAAGAACUUGGCGAAGGCUUCUCUGUCCAUCAUCAACGGAGCCGUCCUGCUCUUGGACGCCAUCCUCACCCAACGAGGCGGUUAAGCUGACACUCCCCGCUCUAAGCCAGCAAGGGCUACUUUAACACUUAACACUUUAACGAUACUUCAAGACAAAUACAAUCCAAAGACUUUUAACGAUCUGAAAUUGUCAGAUUUUGAAUUAUAUACAACCGCAAGUACAAAUUGCAACUACAGUGAAAAAGAGAUCGGCUAGCAAUUGUCAUAUUUAUGUAUAAGUGUAUACUGUAGAAUAAAACAACGAGGACAGUUAACACCAGUUAAGACAAAUUAUUGAAGAUAUCUAACACACCUGCAAAGGUAUUCAUUUUAUGGAUAAGUUAUCAUUAUCUACUUAUAUAUAAGAUAUUUUAGGCAGGCACAUAAAUAGAAGCUUUAAUAUUAUUUUUUCGCAAAAACGUAAAAGGUUAUAAUUUACUUCUUUACACCAAAAGGUCAAAAGAAAACAAUUCGUACAUGCCUAUAUUUAUGUAGGUAACAGCACAAUGAUCAUCAUGUAGUAGGAUAAAGAAACCAUAAGUGUUCUAAUGCAUUCACAAUACCUUGUUAGUCCGUCACUUCGAAGGUUAUAAUUAUAAGAUAGACUAUAAUAACUUAUUUUCGACAAUUGUAAUACUUAUUCUAAGGGUUUUCACAUCUUGGUCCAUUUAUGGUCACAACGGCAUUUAAAGUUUUAUACUUAUCAAUUUUACGUAUACAAUUGGAGCUUAUAAAAUGCAAUGUAUUUUUAUAACUGCAAAUCUGUGUCUAUGUUCGUAAAAUGUUUAAACUUGAACUUUUUUUAUUAAAUGCCUAUUACCUUGUUGA